UGUGACAGAUGACAGAAAACCACCUUGUUUGUUUUCUUUCUAAUUAAAGAGUUUUCUUCUGUAGUUUUCAAUGAAACGAGCCAGCUUAAGUUAUAAUCACAGGUUAUAAUGGCACACAUUAGAAUCUAAUCUAAUCACAUCUAAAAAUUAAAAAUAUGUAAAAUACAACAAAACAAUAGAGAGCGAUGUUCAACUUGUGACAAACAAGGGUUUGGUUCUUCGAAGUGUUUUUUCCUAGCUAAAACUAAUAAAAAUGAAUGCUAUUGUCGGUAUGUGUCAUUUUUGUGAAGCCCAUGGCCCGCGGCCUUUAUUCUGUACUUUCACGACCGAUGAUGAGAAACACGCAACGGAAUCGUCCAAGUCUACCGUGGAAUGUACGGGCUGCACAUCUCUUGGCCCUGAGACCGUGUACGUGUCCAGGGAUGACGGUGGAACCAUUUUUUGCAGCAGGGAGUCUAUUCCUAACACGGAUGUCAUGGCAUUCUUGCGGCAAGCAGCUAUAAGGAGUAUUACUUGUGAGGUAAGCUGGAGUAAAGAGGGUGGAGUGGUAUACUUCAGUGAGACACUGGGCCAUGUGCUCAGUCUUAUGUUCCAGCUCCGAGACACCCGUGCUCGGGGGCUCCGACGGUGGUUCUCUAUUGUGGUGCUCAUGCGGGACAAGAUGCUGCUGCUGAACAUCACACCAGUGCUGUCGGAACAUAUGUUGAAAAUAUCAAAAGAACUACAAAGUCUAGCUGAUUCUGUAUUUAAUGAGGAACAAAAGAUAUGUUCCCAAAGAGCACUGAGACUCACAACUGGAAGUUACGACUUUGGACAGUCAAGAUCACUGAUUCAGUUGUCAGGUGAUGGAGAAAUCUUUAAAAGACUCCACUCUCAUUUCACUUGGAUGUUAAAAGCCGGUGCUCUCACAUACUCCGAGACUCUUCAUACAAGUCAAGAAAUGUUGAGGAAAAUAAACCCCAAUUCCAUCAAGCAGUCAAUAUUUGAAGAAAAUGCUUGUAGUGUACCAAGUGAUGAGGAGUACAUGCCUUUGAGGGCUCUAGAGAAUUUACUAUCACAAGAAGUAUUCAGGAUACUGCUCUAUUGCACAUUGACUGGAAUUGAUAUAGUCAUUAAAUCUCAACAUCAAAAUGCCUCGAGCAUUGCCAAAGGACUCACAAGACUGUUUCCUCUUUCCAACAUAAAUAGUACUAGAAUUAGGUUAAGUAAUAAUAGUGAACAAGUGCAGUGUACAGGGCGCCUGUGCGUCGUGGAUUCAGAGACUAACAACUUUUAUUGUAAAUGGCCUGGAGUGCUGCCGCCGAAAUGUCCCACUAUAAUGAAUAGGAUAGAAGCGUCAAUGAAAAAUUCGAACAUUGACGACGCUGUACUUCACCAGUACAUCAAGUCGUUACAGCUGGAAUGGCUCGGGAUAGCUAAAGCUGUGAAGGCUGCAGUGGAAUCAUCAGGCGAAAAGUCUGCAGCAGUAGCUAAUUUGAAGAAAGUAUUUGGUUUGACACCCCAAGAUGAACUACUAGUUAAUUAUUGGAUUAGUACAUUCUGUUAAAUCAAUUGUUUAUAUUUUACUGCCAUUAAACUUCAUUUGCAACUGGUGAAAAGGGCCUUGAGCUCAAGAGAAUUUAAAUAAAGCUGUGAUAGUGUGAA